AUGAAGUUUGCACGAAAGGCGCCCAUCUUUGCGGUGAUGCUGUCGACGCAGUUACUCCAUCAAGCCAAGUUGGCCUUGGCCGGCAUGGCAUGCUUCUCCGCCUGCUCAGUCGCCUGCUGCGAAUGCGCCGGGGGUCCUGCCGCGUUUGCCGGUCCAUUAGGCAUUGCAGUCGGCGUCACAGGGUGCGCUGGCGUAUGCAUGGUCGCUUGUGCCACGCUUGUAUGGGUUCCGCCGGCCUGCUUUUCCAACGACACGACCAUUGCCAUGUACGCACCCGACGGAACAAGGCUGGGAAAACCCAUCUCUGCUGUCCGUCACGGUGAUUCCGUACUCACAUUGGCAGAAGGUCGGCUUGUCCCAACCCGCGUUAUUCGAAAUGUCCGGUCGAGUGGAAGCUUUGACUUUUUUGAGUUCGAGGUUCGGUCUCAUUAUACCAUCACCACAUUGAAGGUUACCUCUCAACAUGGCAUGCUCCUCGUCGACCCGCUGGGAGAGAUACGCUUCGCUUUGCCCGCCGAUGUCAGAAUCGGAGACGAGAUGCAGUCUAGCGACGGCUCCGCAUGGAAGGUGUCCCGUAUCGGUCAUUUCGUGGGUGUUGACAAGUUCACGCUGGAGACGACAGAAGGCAGCGUGCUCGCGUCUGGUCUACUGGUAUCGACCAUAUGCGAAGAAGAAAUUAACCCCGGAACUAGGAUGGACGACAUCAUGCCUGGAUGGAAGGCCAAACAUCAGUAUGCUGUUCGUUCAUAUUGA